CGGUGAUUGCGUUCGAUAAUGGAUGCUGCUGCAAGUGUUAAAUGAUGGAGGAAAGUAGCGAUCGGUUUAAAUAUUGAACUAAGUGAAAUUGUAUCGCUUUUUAUCAAUAUGCGCGCCAUAAACAUAUAUUAAAAUGAUUUUGUAGCUUAUAAGAAGAAUUUAUUCGAUAUAAUUUAUAGUAUUUUCACCGAAAUAAGCGAAAUUUAGUCAAGUAAACAGAUUCAAAGUGGUUAUCGUUGCAUAAUAAAAUUAGCAGUAUUAGUUAGUAUUAAAGUUUUUAAAUAUGACAACUCAAGAAAGAAGUGCAGUUGAAAAGAAAUUAUUAGAAAAUCUUCAGAAUGAUCUUAGAUCAUUGUCUAAUGAAGCUAAAAAGAAACAUCCUCCUUUAAAAGAGGCUGCCGAAUCUGGAAUUAUAAAAGUUAGAAAUGCAUCGGGAAAACAUGACGAUCUUCGUUUAGCAUUACUGUCAGAAAGUCCAGAAAUUCUUGAGCCAUUUUUUUUGGGAUGUGAUACAAAAAAUCCAAAAAUUGUUCAGAUUUGUUUAACUGCCAUGCAACGAUUAAUUACUCAAGAAGCAGUUUCAUUGACGGCAGCCACAAAUAUUAUUUCGUGUCUUUGGAGUUUAAUGGAAAGUGGAACUGAAGAACUAAAGUUAUUGCAAACUGUAACAUUGUUGUUAACAACCAAUACAAUAGUGCAAAAAGAGACAUUAUCUAAGGCACUCGUUCUUUGUUUUCGUUUGCAUUUUACAAAAAAUAGCACAACAAAUAACACCGCAUCGGCGACUGUUAGACAGUUAGUGGCAGUAGUAUUCGAACGGGUGCAGUCGGAAGAUUCCACACCAAAUGAAGAUAGGAUAGGUGAUUUAAAUUUAGAAGAACUCAAGACUGGUAGUAGACAUCCUCCUAAGUCAUUAAGACCUUGCGCUGCAGAUGCUUUUUUGUUAUUUCAGGAUUUAGUUCAGUUAGUGAAUGCCGACCAACCAUUCUGGCUUGUCGGUUUAACAGAAAUGACGAGAACUUUUGGGUUGGAAUUACUAGAAUCAACACUCACUACAUUUUCUGAUGUAUUCUUUAAACAUAAAGAAUUCAGUUUUCUGUUAAAAGAACGUGUAUGUCCUUUGGUAAUUAAGUUAUUUUCUCCAAAUAUUAAAUAUCGGCAAGGAAUGCAAUUAGCAGGACAGAUUCCCACGUCAACAGAUAAACCAUAUUUUCCUAUUUCUAUGAGAUUAUUAAGAAUAGUAUCAGUUUUGAUUCAGAAAUUCUAUUCAAUGUUGGUAACCGAAUGUGAAAUAUUUUUAUCACUAAUAGUUAAAUUUUUAGAUAAUGACAAGCCAAAUUGGCAAAGAGCAUUAGCAUUAGAAGUCUUGCAUAAAAUGUGUAUUCAACCCGAAUUAAUUAAAUCAUUCUGUGUAUCAUAUGACAUGAAGCUUCAUAGCACUAAAAUCUUUCAAGAUAUGGUAAAUGCAUUAGGAUCAUACGUGCAGUCUUUAUUUGUCAAUUCAUCUUCUGUUAGCCAAAGUUUAGCAUCAUCAUUAGGAGUGAAUGCUGGACAGCAAAAUUCAGUUGCUACUCAAGGACAAUCUCCCGCACUUGUGGCAGGAAUGCCGAUUGGGGCAGGAGUCACUCCGCAACCAGCCUUCUUAUAUCGUGGUGUUUGGUUACCUUUAAUACAAAUUUAUCCAGUUAAUACCUGCAAACCUGUUUUUAUUGAAAUGUUAGAUAAGCUAGAAGCUCCUACGAUUCCUGAAGGAUAUGGUAUUACUGUUGCGUACGCAUGUCUUUUAGAAGUAAUAUGCAGUAUUUCUAAGAUAAUUGAAGAACAAAAUGAAAAUUUGAGUGAUGAACAAAACUGCUCUAAAAAAUCUAAUCAAGAAACUAGUGACAAUCAAAUUGAAGAAGAAAAUCCCCAGGAUGUUAAAAUUUCUCCAGAAUUGAUGCCUCUUAAAGAACAAUUAAUCAAUUCUUCGUGGUGUGGACUUUUAGCUGCAUUUUCUUUGUUAUUAGAUGCAAGUACUGACGAAACAGCCACAGAAAAUAUUCUGAAAACUAUACAGACUUACAGUAGUUUAUGUGGAACUCUGAAUAUGACAAUUCCAAGAGAUGCCUUUAUUACUGCAAUGUGUAAAGCUUCGUUACCUCCACAUUACACACUAACUAUUUUGAAUUCGAAUGUUCCUAAAGGACACGGAAGAACUAACAGUCAAGAUUUCUGCCAUCCGAGUCCACCUACCAUACCACCCGGACAACAUCCAUUAGGUUUAUAUUUAGGAUGCACGGAUAGUUCUGAAAUUAGACAACAAGUAGUUGCUGUAGGAACGCCACUUCCUACGGCUUCUUUACCUCUCGGUGCUCAACAAGGACCCGUAAUGUUAACUGCUAAGAAUCUUCAGUGUAUGAGAGCAGUUCUAAGUCUUGCUCAUUGUCACGGAGCAGUUCUGGGCACGGCAUGGCAUCUUGUACUAACUACAUUACAGCACUUAGUAUGGAUACUAGGAUUAAAACCAUCUACUGGAGGUAGCUUAAAAGCAAGCAGAUCUGCAGAUGCUCCCAAUGCCGUGAUUACCACGGCUGUUAUGGCAGAUUUACCAGUGUUGUCAGCGAUGCUAUCUCGUCUCUUCGAAAGUUCCCAAUAUUUAGAUGAUGUUGCUUUGCAUCAUUUAAUUGAUGCUUUAUGCCAAUUAUCUACAGAAUCAAUGGAAUUGGCGUACAAUAAUCGAGAACCAUCAUUGUUUGCUGUUGCAAAACUUUUGGAGACGGGACUUGUAAAUUUGAAUCGAGUAGAGGUUUUAUGGAAACCAGUAUCCAGUCAUCUUUUAGAGGUGUGCCAGCAUCCUCAUAUACGAAUGAGAGAAUGGGGUGCUGAAGCUGUAACGUAUUUAGUGAAAGCUGCUCUUGCAAAUAAUUAUGAUCCCCCUUUGAAAGAAAAUAAGAAAUUACAAAUACUUUUGUUAACUCCUCUGCAAGAACUCUCUAACAUACCUCAUCCGGACAUUCGACAGAAGCAGUUAGACUGCGCUUUGCAAGUUCUUCAUAGUACAGGAGAGUUUAUUUCGAGCGGAUGGCCGCAGAUCUUGGACAUCAUUGCGGCUAUCUCAGAAGCGCAGGGAGAAGAAUUGAUCCGCUCAGCAUUUCAGUGCCUUCAAUUUAUUGUUGCUGAUUAUCUGCCAAUUAUGCCAUGUAUGUGCCUAAGACAGUGUGUGGAUACGGCUGCAAAAUUUGGUUCUCAGAGCCAAGAAUUAAAUGUUUCAUUAACCGCUGUUGGAUUGCUGUGGAAUAUCGCAGACUAUUUAUUUCAAAAUCAAGAAAAAAUACAUAAACUGUUAGACGAAAAUAUGGACGAUGCCAUUGCUAAUCAGUCAAGUUCCCUUCCUCCAUUUGACAAUCUGUGGAUGUGUCUCUUCACUUGUUUGGGAGACUUGUGCGUCGAUUCGAGGCCCGCUGUAAGGAAAAGUGCGGGGCAGACUUUAUUUUCUACGAUCGGAGCGCACGGCUCGUUACUACAGCAACAGACUUGGCAAGUUGUGCUGUGGCAGGUAUUAUUUCCAUUGCUGGAUAGAGUUAGAACACUUUCUGGUUCUGCAUCUACAGAUAAAAUAAGUGAUAUGGGAGGAAAUAUUCUUAUUCAUCAUUCCAGAAAUACUGCUCAGAAACAAUGGGCUGAGACUCAAGUUCUUACUCUUUCGGGAGUGGCGAGGAUGUUUCAUACUAAGAGAGAGAUCCUUCAGAAUCUCGGAGAUUUUCCGAGAGCUUGGGCUCUCCUCUUAGAGUUUAUCGAGAGUUCUUCCCUUAGCAAAAAUAAUGAAGUUUCAUUUUCUGCACUGAAAAGUUUUCAAGAAAUAUUAAAUAUCAGUAGAUAUCCGAAUAUUGAUGGAAAAAUUCAAACUGAAGUAAAAACUGACCCACAGAAAAUAGAUAAUUUAACACCAUGGAUCACAGCUUGGAAAGUCUGGUAUAAUAUAGGAAUAGAAAGUACUAAGCCGCCUCCCGAUAAAUUAGUUGAUGAUGCUAACAUUCGAAAUGAUUUUUCUCUUCUUUACAUACCGUCGCAACCAUUUUUAACUGCCCUCAUUCAAAUAUUUCCAUAUUUAUUCCAACAUAUAAAAAACAGAUUUGUAGCUUUAGAUUUACAAAAACUCUCUACGGUUCUACAGAAUGCUAUUGCAGUUCCCGUUCACGGUGAAGCGUCGCCUUUUAUUUUACCUUCGUUAACUGAAGUAGUUCUCACUCCUUUGCAGGAAUCUGUUUUACAAGCAAUGGAUAUUCUAAUAAAGGAAGCUGUAAAUGGUCAUGAUAAUUUAAAGAUGAUGAUUCCUGCAAUAUUCAAUCAGUUAUUAGUUUUUUCUUGUUAUGCUUGUCAUGCUCCAUCCUUUGGAAAAUUAAGAACAAGGUCUCCAAAUGUUAAGCAAUCAAUGACUGAUUGGGUUACAAUGAAUUUUGUACCUUUUGGUGAAAAAUCACUUGAAAUGGUUGUAACAUUAUAUCAGCAAACAGCUCAACAACAAAUUGUGAUCCAAUCACAAGUUUUACAUUCCAUUUUAAAAAUGCUGAAAGUUCCGUUGGGCAUGAAAUAUUCCUGUCCCUCUCAAUUUACGUGGAAACUUGCCGUUAAUUCACUGUUAAAAGUGUUGCACGUUGGCUUACCGGUUGCUCGACAGCACUCAACCCAAUUUCAGGGAAUGUGGACUGAUCUAGCUUCUGCUAUUGAAGAUUUUUUAUUUUCUAAUAGUACUUCUCCUCCGACGCAGAGUCUAGAAGAUCAGCAAUGCGAUGAAGCUCUGGACUGUAAAGUUAUUCAGAUGAUAAGAGAAUGUAUUUUACCUUAUGCCAAUCAAGUUCCGAAGGAAUUUGUUGUUUCUCUCGUAACGUUAUUAAAUCGAGGAUCGAUUCAUUCUGCGACGAGUAAUACGCCAGUUGAUACCGAAUCAAGUCGAAGACUGAGAGAGGAAUUUGCAAAAUCGUGUUUUGAAACACUCUUGCAAUUUUCGUUUCUGGGCGAUUCUUACAUUACCGACAGCAGUUCCAUCGAUUUGGAGAACAAAAAAGGCGUAGUUAACAAAUUAGCAGUGGCAUCUCUCUUACAUAGAUUUCAAGAAGUUAUUCACAAAUAUGCAGAAGACGAGAGAUUAAGUGGAAAAUGCCCUUUACCGAGGCAUCGCAUGGCAGAAAUCUCAUUUGUUUUAAAAGCCGUGGCCACUCUUACAGCCUCCCUGAAGAAAGCUCCGCGUGAAAAUGUCGAAUGGAGUGUUUGGAAACAACUGAUAGCACUUUAUCCCCAUUUGGUGGAUUGCACAACGUCGACGUCGGUACAAGUUUGUCGUUCCCUUCAGGAAGCUCUUCACGAAUACGCCGAUCUAUUGGUUCCGCCCCAGCCGUACAUUUUAAAUGGAAACACCAGUUAGCAUCAUUAAAAUUUCUAAAGUUUAUUUAAAUAAAAUAAGGAAUAAAAAAUUUUUAUAAAUUUCAAUGAUUACAUAAGUUGUUUCUUUUGAAAAUUAAUGGCCCAAAACUGUAUUUCAUUUUAAUGGUGUUGGCCAUUUAACUGCAAAUAAUGAAUGUAAAUGAUGAACAUGCACAUCAUAAUUUAGGUUUUUAAAAAAUAUAUACUGGUAUAAAUAUAUAUAUAUAUAAUAUGUAUCCUCUCAUGAAAAUGGUUCUGAAAGUAUAUCAGCUAAAACCCACAAUAUAAGUUGGUAUUUGUACUUCUUGUUUUUCAUAUUUCGGAUAGGUUUUAACCUAUAAUUAAAAAAGAAAAGAGAAAUUUAUAAAUAUUAAGUCUUGUAAAUAAAUUUUUUGUACAUUCUACGUAGUAAUAUUUUUCAGAUUUUUUGCACUUAUUGGAAACAUAUCAACUCUGUUACUACAUAAACACCCAACGAUGCUACGGUAGCAUCCCGCGGCAUAUUUUAAAUGCCGAAGGAGAGAAAAUCCGCAUCGAUAUUUCGUUCUAAUCUAUUCCCUAAUGUCGAGUCUGUAAAAAUUUCUUUCUAGAAUUCCUGUAAGUAUUCUGUUACCAUUUCGAAAUUCAUUGUGAUCAUGUUAAUAUGUUAAUUUACUUAAAAUUAAGCAAUAUAUAUAUUAUGCAUACGUUUCUUUUUAUUUAAUGUUGCUGUUGGAAAUCUUUCAUGUUCGAGAUGUAUAUGGUUUUAUUUCAGAGAAGAAAAUAAUUAAAUUAUUGCUUUCAUAAAAAGAAGUUUUAUU